UCUGUUGCCUGGCGCUAAAUCCCGGUUCCCCCAGCGCGCUCCUGAGAGCCAGCUCUCCUAGCGACACGCCUUGCUUUAGGAGUUCUACUAUGCGCAGCCUGCAUUGGAAGGACCCUGGAGGACCCCCAAGCCACGCAAUGGAUGCAGUGUCCUUUGAGGAUGUGGCUGUGAACUUCACCAAGGAGGAGUGGGAUUUGCUGGAUCCUUCCCAGAGGAAGCUCUACAAAGACGUGAUGUGGGAAAAUUUUAGGAAUGUGGCUGCUAUAGGAAGGAACUGGAAUGAACAGCAGAUCGAAGAUGAAUACAAAAAUUGCAGGGAAAAUCUAAGACGUGAAGAGGUGAUGAAAUGCUGUGAAUACAAAGUAUGGUAUCAACAAGAAGAAGUGGUUUUUCUGACUCCAGAUAAUCAAGUGAAUAUGAAAUCAUUUGGUACAGAAGCAAGUGAAAGCCGUGCCUUUAGAAAUCUCCAGAUAGGUCAUUCUUCACUCCCUGUGUGCAGCUUAGCUACCACUGAACUUAAAUCAUACAAGUGUCGGGGAUUUGAAGAGAAACUGUCUCACUGUAACAAACAUGGAAAAAUUUGCACUAACAUGCAGUCCUUUGCAAACCAUGCAAAGACAAAUCUAGAAGAGAAACCAUAUGAAUAUGACCAAUGUGGAAAAUUCUACUGGGGUUGGACUGAAAGAACUAACACUGAAAAGAAGACCUUUGUAUCUGUGGAAGAUGUAAAAGCUCUCAGUACAGCCAGCUAUGUUCAAAUUUGCAAAAGAAAUCCUAGUAGGGUGAAUACCUAUGCAGGUAUACAAUGUGGAAAAGGUUUUAACUCUCAACAUGAUAUUCAGACACGUGAAAGAGGUAAUACUGGAGAAAAACCCUAUGUAUGUAAACACUGUGGGAAAUCCUUCACUAAUAAGACUUCAUUUGGUAAUCAUGAGAGAACUCACAAUAGGGAGAAACCUUAUAUAUGUAAGCACUGUGGGAAAGCUUUCAGCACACACAGUUAUUGUCAAAUACAUGAAAGGGCUCACACUGGGGAGAAACCUUAUGUAUGUAAACAGUGUGGGAAUACAUUCAGCACACACAGUGAUUAUAGAGUCCAUGAAAAAAUGCACAUGAGUGAAAAACACUACACAUGUAAGCAAUGUGGCAAAGCUUUUAGGAGACAUGAUUCUUGUCGUGAACAUGAACAAACUCACACUGGGGAGAAACCCUAUGUAUGUAAGCAAUGUGGAAAAGCUUACAGCACAUAUAGGCAUUGUAGAGUACAUGAAUGUACUCACACUGGGGAGAAACCCUUUUUAUGUAAACAGUGCGGGAAAGCUUUCAACACACAUAGUAGGUUGCAAACACAUGAACAAACUCACACUGAUGAGAAACCAUAUCCAUGUAAACAAUGUGGGAAAACUUUUAGAACACGUACUCAGUGUCAAAUACAUGAACGAACUCACACUGGGGAAAAACCCUAUGUAUGUGAACAAUGUGGGAAAGCUUUCAGUGCACAAGGUGAUUGUCAAAUACAUAAAAGAAUUCACACUGGGCAAAAACCAUAUGUAUGUAAGCAAUGUGGGAAAGCUUUCAGGAUACACAAUUGUUUUCGAGCUCAUGAAAGGAUUCACACUGGGGAGAAACCCUAUGUGUGUAAGCAAUGUGGGAAAGCUUUUGGCAGACAGAGUCAUUGUCGAAGACAUGAACGAACUCACACUGGUGAGAAGCCGUAUGUAUGUAAGCAGUGUGGGAAAGGUUUUACAACACAUGGUAGUUGUCGAGAACAUGAAAGGACUCACACUGGGGAGAAACCCUAUGUAUGUAAGCAGUGUGGGAAAGCUUUCACCACACGCAGUUACUGUCAAAUACAUGAACGAAUUCACACUGGAGAAAAACCAUAUGUAUGUAAGCAAUGUGGGAAAGCAUUCAGCACAAGUAGUUGUUUUCGAAAACAUGAAAGGAUUCACACUAGGGAGAAACCCUAUGUAUGUAAGCAGUGUGGGAAAGCUUUCAGGACACACAUUCUUUGUCAAAGACAUGAAAGAAUUCACAAUAGGGAGAAGUCCAAUACAUGUAAGUAAUGUGGGAAAGCUUUCAGGACAUACAGUUAUUGUCAAGUACAUGAAAGUAAUCAUACAAGGUAGAAAAACCUGUGUAUGCAAUUUAUAAAAGCUUUCAUUCGAUCUAGUAAUAAACACAUUAAAUCUUGAAAGUAAAUUAACUGUGAAAAUAUAAAGUAACUUGCACUAAUAUGAAAGAAACAGAAGUACUUUCUUGGUAAGCCAUAUAAAAAUCAGUACACACAAGUAUCAUUGUAUAAAUGAAUGAAUUCACAGUGAAGAGAACAUGAACAUUUGUGAUCAGUGUGGAAAAUUUAUUUUUCUCAAUGCAUGCAAUAAUUCCCAUAAGAGGGAAAGCAUAUGUAUAUAACAAAAAUGGGAAACCCUUUAGUUCUUCCACUUUGAAAUACAUGAAAGAAGCCCUAUGUAAAUAAUGUGAGAAGGAAUGUCCUGGUUUUAAUAAUGUUAAGAAAUGUACAAAUUCACACAGAGUUAAUAUAUGCAGAAUGUGAGAAGACUGUCAACAUGGCUUAAGCAAGCGUGGCAUUUCAUAGUGGAAAGAUUCAUGUCAGAGUAUAUUAUAGUCGUUUUGGAUUAAUUCACAAUAAAAAUACAUGCUGUAUUCUGAGAAAACAUUAAUAUAUAAGGGAUGUGUAGAAGCAUUCAGCUGUCCUACUUGUAAGAAUGAGUAUUGGAUGAGAUCAAUGUGCCUAUUCAAAGUUCUUAGUUGUAAGUCAUAUUUCAAAAUAUUUGAACACUUCUCACAUAGUUAAAACCUAUGCAAGUCAGUCAUAGCAACAUGAUGUGAUUUCUCCAGAAUAUAAGAGAUAUCCUAAAGUAUAAAUAUAGUAAUUGUAAAUCACUGUACUAAAUAUUUUUAAAUUCAUUUUUUAAAAUAAAUGUCCUCAAGUUUUUAUUUUUUUCUUU